AUGAGAAUCCCAGCUGACAAAAAACCUUGUUCUUCUGAAAAUUGUUCAAAUACAUUUUCUAAAUUGGUACACCUAAGCAAACAUAAGAAAGUCCCAUCUCGCGAAAAACCUUAUACUUGUGAACAUUGUUCAAAGACGUUUUCUCACAAUGGGAAUCUAAAAGUGCACUUGAGGAUCCAUACCGGAGAAAAGGUUCAUUCUUGCAAUGACUGUUCAAAAGUAUUUUCUACAUUAGGCCAACUGCAAUCACACUCGAGAGUCCAUACAGGAGAAAAGCCUUAUUGUUGUAAUUUCUGUUUCAAAGCCUUUUCUCACUUCGCAUCUCUGAAAGCACACAUAAGAUACCAUACAGGAGAAAAGCCUUAUUCUUGCGAGUAUUGCUCAAAGUCGUUUACUGCUUUAGGACACCUGAAAGAGCAUAAGAAACGUCAUACCGGCGUCCAACCGUAUACUUGUAAAAUAUGUUCUAGAAAGUUUGCUCACGCUGGAAGUCUAAAAUCUCACUUGAGUGUCCAUAGCAGUGAAAAACCAUUCUCUUGUGAACUUUGUUCAAAAUCGUGUUCUCUGUUGAGAGAUUUAAAAACACAUAUGAGAAUCCAUAACGGCAAGAAAAGCUUUAUCUGUGAGUACUGUUCAGCAGCGUUUUAUACUUCUUCAAGACUAAAGGAACAUAUUAGAUCCCAUACUGGGGAGAAGCCGUAUCCUUGUGAAUUGUGUAGCAAAGCCUUUUCCUCGUCUACUGGCAAGAGAUCACACAUGAGAACCCAUACGGAGGAGAAACCGUAUGCUUGCGAGCUGUGUUCUAGAAAAUUUUCUCAACUUGGGCUGCUGAAAACACAUUCGAAAACCCAUACUCGUGAUGCGUCAUAA